CCUCGUCCUCGUGACGUCACACCGGUUGUCCGUAAAUGCAUCAGUUUGAUCCUUGAACGCAUCUCGACAGUCACAUGACAGGCAGGCGGCGCUCUCGACUGCUCUGAGGCUCAGCUCGCGAUCAUGCCGACCACACAGCAGUCGCCGCAGGACGAGCAGGAGAAGCUUCUGGAUGAAGCUGUGCAGGCCGUCAAGGUCCAGUCCUUCCAGAUGAAGCGAUGCCUGGACAAGAACAAGCUGAUGGACGCACUGAAACACGCCUCCAACAUGCUGGGAGAGCUGCGGACCUCUAUGCUGUCUCCGAAAAGCUACUACGAGCUUUAUAUGGCCAUCUCGGACGAGCUCCACUACCUGGAGGUGUACCUCACGGACGAGUUUGCCAAAGGACGCAAGGUGGCCGACCUGUACGAGCUGGUCCAGUACGCGGGCAACAUCAUCCCCAGGCUCUACCUGCUGAUCACGGUGGGCGUGGUGUACGUGCGCUCCUUCCCGCAGUCUCGCAAGGACAUCCUGAAGGACCUGGUGGAGAUGUGCCGCGGCGUGCAGCACCCGCUCAGGGGCCUUUUCCUCAGGAACUACCUGCUUCAGUGCACCCGCAACAUUCUGCCCGACGACGGCGAGCACACCGAAGGGUCCGAGGAGAUGACGGGCGACAUCAACGACUCCAUCGACUUUGUGCUGCUCAACUUCGCCGAGAUGAACAAGCUGUGGGUGCGCAUGCAGCACCAGGGCCACAGCCGCGACCGGGAGAAGCGCGAGAAAGAGCGCCAGGAGCUCCGCAUCCUGGUGGGCACCAACCUGGUCCGUCUCAGCCAGCUGGAGGGCGUCAACGUGGACAAGUACAAGCAGGUUGUUCUUCCCGGCGUGCUGGAGCAGGUCGUGAACUGCAGAGACUCUCUGGCGCAGGAGUACCUGAUGGAAUGCAUAAUCCAGGUGUUCCCGGAUGAGUUCCACCUGCAGACCCUCAACCCGUUCCUGCGCUCCUGCGCCGAGCUUCAUCAGCACGUCAACGUCAAGAAUAUCAUCAUUGCCCUCAUUGACAGACUGGCGCUGUUUGCUCACCGAGAAGACGGACCCGGGAUUCCAGCCGAGAUCAAACUUUUUGACAUCUUCUCGCAGCAAGUGGCCACGGUUAUACAGUCGCGUCAGGACAUGCCAUCCGAGGACGUGGUGUCCCUGCAGGUGUCUCUCAUCAAUCUGGCCAUGAAGUGUUACCCUGACCGUGUGGACUACGUGGACAAAGUGCUGGAGAGCACGGUGGAGAUCUUCAACAAGCUCAACCUGGAGCACAUCGCGACAAGUAGCGCUGUGUCCAAGGAGCUGACGCGUUUGCUGAAGAUCCCGGUGGACACGUACAACAACGUCCUGACGGUGCUGCAGCUCAAGCACUUCCCGCCGCUCUUCGAGUACUUCGACUACGAGUCUCGCAAGAGCACGAGCUGCUACGUGCUCAGCAACACGCUGGACUACAACACCGCCAUUGUGGCGCAAGAGCAGGUGGACGCCAUCUUGAACCUGGUGUCCACGCUGAUCCAGGACCAGCCCGACCAGCCGGCGGACGACCCGGACCCCGAGGACUUCGCCGAGGAGCAGAGCCUCGUGGGCCGCUUCAUUCAUCUGCUGCACUCGGACGACCCCGACCAGCAGUACCUGAUCCUGAACACGGCGCGCAAACACUUUGGCGCAGGCGGAAACCAGAGGAUCCGUUACACGCUCCCUCCGCUGGUCUUUGCUGCGUACCAGCUGGCCUUCAGAUACAAGGAGAACUCAUCGCUGGACGACAAAUGGGAGAAGAAGUGUCAGAAGAUCUUCUCGUUCGCCCACCAGACCAUCAGCGCGCUGAUCAAGGCGGAGUUGGCCGAGCUGCCUCUGCGUCUCUUCCUGCAGGGGGCACUGGCGGCCGGCGAGAUCGGCUUCGAGAACCACGAGACCGUCGCCUACGAGUUCAUGUCGCAGGCCUUCUCGCUGUACGAGGACGAGAUCAGCGACUCGAAAGCGCAGCUGGCGGCCAUCACGCUGAUCAUCGGCACGUUCGAGCGCACCGGCUGCUUCGGCGAGGAGAACCACGAGCCGCUGAGGACUCAGUGCGCCUUGGCCGCCUCCAAGCUGCUCAAGAAACCCGACCAGUGUCGCGCCGUCAGCAUCUGCGCGCACCUCUUCUGGUCGGGCCGCAGUACUGACAAGAACCAGCAGGAGAUCCGAGACGGCAAGCGCGUGAUGGAGUGUCUGAAGAAAGCGCUGAAGAUUGCCAACCAGUGUAUGGACCCCUCGCUGCAAGUGCAGCUCUUCAUUGAGAUCCUCAACAGAUACGUCUGCUUCUACGAGAGAGAAAACGAUGCCGUGACGGUGGCGGUUCUGAACCAGCUGAUGGGGAAGAUCCGGGAGGACCUCCCCAACCUGGAGGCCAGCGAGGAGAGCGAGCAGAUCAACAAACACUUCCACAACACGCUGGAGCACCUGCGGCUGCAGAGGGACGCGCCCGAGGCCCGGGGGCCCGUCUACGAGGGCCUCGUCCUCUGAAGUCCGGACGGGCGGCGCCUGAACGCACCGCCGACAACUCCCCCCAUCUGUAGGAUGAUGAUGAUGAUGAUGAUGAUGAUUCCUUCCAGUUCAGCAUCGUCCGUGACCGCUCGGACAAGCGUUGGAAAGCCCUUUGAGCUUUUAUUUCAGAUCCUUGAUAUUCAUGCACUAGUUCACUCGUUGUCCUCAUUAGUAAGCCAAUUUAGCGCACUGGAAGAACAACUGUGUCUUACUAGUACGAACUUUUCCACUACUAGUGUCACUUCUGGCCUACUAGUGCAAAAACUUGACAAGUAAACGACUGCGCUACACUGGUUACACAAAUAGUAGGCAUGUGUCAAGCACUAGUAGCCUCCUGACAUCAAAAUGCCUUGUAGUUUAAGACAGCACUAGUAGGUUAGCACAACUUUGAAAUACUAGUAGGACAACAUGUUACCACUGAGACAAACUGUGCACUUGGUGAGAGUUGUGUGCUACUAGUGCAACUCGUCGCAUAAAAAAAUUCCAUCUAGGGGUUCACUAGUAGCACUAGUCUCAUGCAGAUGUCUACUAGUUAGCGGUUUACCCCCACUUUUGGCCUACUAAUACGCAAUUAAACCUUAUGAAAUUACUGUUCUGCGCUUGUUACACUGCUGGGACCACUAGUGAUUUAGGACAACUUUGGCAUACUAGUAGUAAGAGUCGUUGACAACCGUGUGCUGUUGGCACUAUUGGCUGCGUACAGAUUAUACUAGUUAACGUCUAGCACUUCACUAGUAGUAGUAGUAGUAGUAGCAUGCAGAUGUGUGCACAGUUUUACCUCAAGUAACGUACUUUAUACUAGUGUGAAGAAAUGUCAUGUACUAGUACAACUCCUUGUCCUCAGUGAUAAGACAAUUUAGCGCAUUAGUACGACGACGCUUACUCGUAAAAAAAUUCCACUUCUAAUGUCACUUUUGUCCCACUCGUAACCACUUAAACCUUACUAGGCUUGUGGCAUGCACUAGUAGCCUCCUGGACCGUGCUCGUGGAACGAAAAUGCCCACUAGUAGUUCAGGACACCACGAGUAGAUGACAACUUUGAAAUACUAGUAGGACAGCUACAUUGUACGAGUGAGGCAGAGCUCUUUUGACAACUUGUUGCUACUGGUACACAGAGUAGCAUAAAAAUGCUUCUAGUUAACAUCUAGCACUUCACCUAGUAGCAUGCAUCUAGUUGUCUUACUAGUAUGCCAAAGUGAGGACAAAUAGUGUACUAGUACAUGGAACUUGAACUGGAUAUCACGGAUACGGAAUCAAUGCUCGAAGAGCUGUAUGGAAAGUACAUAUUCGACAUCCUUGAUAAGGGGGCUACUAGUGCGUGACACCUGCCUACUAGUACUUUCCAAAGGACAUUUGAGUAUUUAUUCGAUAGCAAAAGAUAUUUUAAAGCCUUUGUACGAGUAUGCACUUUGUCCUCACUAGUUGUACAAGUACAUGUUGCUAGUGGACAUUACGGUGCUACUAGUGCAUGACACAUGCCUACUAGUUCUGCCUAGUAGUGUUAGUGCCGCACAAUUGUUGCAUACAAGUAUGCCAAAUAUGGCACUAGUAGUGGAAAAAGUGUUACUAAUAGGACACAGUCAUUCUACUAGUGUGCCGAGUUGUCUUUCUUGUGAGGACAGAGAGUGCACUAGUACAUGGAUAUCAAGGAUAUGGAAUAAAAGGUCCCAGGUGUUUUCGUA